AUGCCCCAGUAUCUCGGAUGCUUUGUCAUGUUAGCUACAAUUCUGUCAAUAAAGGGUUCUGGCCCUGGCCCUGGCUCUGGCUCUUGUGCUUGUUCGGGCUCUGGUUCGAGUUCGGGUUCGGGCUCUGGUUCUUGGACUGGUUCAGGCUCUGGCUCCAGUACCGGCUCUGGCUCGGCCUCAGGUUCAGGCUCUAUCUCUUGUGCCGAUUCGGGCUCUGACUCCGGUACUGGCUCUGGCUCUGGUGCUGCUUCAAGAACCUCGACAGGACCCUCCGCUAUAAGCUCCGGUGCUGGGGGAGGCCAUACAAAAUCCUUCCCAGGAGCAGGCAACCCUUUGCUGACCAGCAGUCUCGUUCGUUUCUUUUUCAUCCUAGGAUUGAGCUUCUUCCAUCCUUUAUACAGUGGAUGA